GAUAAUGAGCGGAGGAGUGGACUGACACGGCUCGUGGUUAAUCCUGACAGAACGUGUGUUUGUGUACAGUGGGCGCCGUUUAAGAUGGAUGUCAACAGUACCUAAAGUAAAGUGGAGGAAAUUAGUUAACGAGUGACCUGUAUCGGACCUCAGACACGUCAGAGGGACGCAGAGGAACAUGGCGAAGUCCCCAGUGGAGUACACCAUUGGAGGGGUGAAGAUCAACUUCCCCUGUAAGGCCUAUCCUUCCCAGCUGGCCAUGAUGAAUUCAAUUGUCCGUGGGCUGAACUAUGGGAAUCACUGUUUGCUGGAGAGUCCCACAGGAAGUGGAAAAAGCUUAGCCUUGCUCUGCUCUGCUCUGGGCUGGCAGCGGGCUCAGUUGGCUAAGCUGCAGGAAGGUGGAAACCCAGUGGACGCUAAGAACCAGUCCGACACUUGUAAGAAGCCAGAUGUCAACACAUACUGCCAGUGUGUGUGCCACAGCAAACCUUCACCGGUGUCGGCCACAGUAGAAGUCCAACCCGCUGUUGUGGACCUCACUGUGUCACCGCUUAAAGAUCAGAAGAUUGCACUGCAUUUGCCCCCCACACCUGCACAUUUGCUGUCACCAAAGGAGCCACAGUCCAAGAGGCAAUCCAUAGCCUCCCGCCUGUCUGAGAAGUUCCAGUCUUCCCUGAGCUCUGACUGCAACAACGACGAUGACUUCCAGCCAGAAAGGAAACGCCUUCGGGACGCUGAGCAAGAGUGUCCUCAGAGCCGGAAGAGGAAGCGCCUGGAGAGGGGAGUGAUCUUCAUAGAUGAUGAGCCGGAGCAAGAAAACCAGCCUCCAGGGCCCAGUUGGGCCACACAGCCAAACAGCCCCCUGACCGGUUUACCCUCAUCAUGGAGCGCCCCAGAACCCUGCUCCCAGUGCCCAUGUGCUUCAGCCAAAGGGAGUGGGAAGGACAAGGAUGGCAAAAAGAAGAUUCCUAAGAUCUUCUUUGGCACUCGGACACACAAACAGAUAACUCAGAUCGCCCAUGAGUUGAAACGCACUGUUUACUCCAAUGUUCCAAUGACCAUCUUAUCCAGCAGAGAUCACACCUGCGUUCACCCGGAAGUGGCUCCUCAUUCCAACCGCAAUGAACGCUGCAAGGAGCUGCUGGACGGCAAGAAUGGAAAGACGUGCAGCUAUUUCCAUGGUGUCCAGAGGAUGCGGGACCAGUACACUCUACAACAUGUCCAUGGGCUACAUGAAGCCUGGGACAUCGAGGACUUGGUCGCACUGGGCAAAAGGAUCCGCUCAUGCUCUUACUAUGCUGCCCGUGAACUUAGGCAGGACGCCUCCAUCAUCUUCUGCCCAUAUAACUACCUGCUGGACCCUAUGAUCAGAGAGAGUAUGGAGAUCGACCUUGCAGGCCAGAUCUUGGUGCUGGAUGAAGCCCACAACAUUGAGGACUGUGCCAGGGAGAGUGCCAGCUUCACGUUAGACCUCAACAGUUUGCUGACGUGCAGGGAUGAGCUGGACAGCAUGGUCAAAAACAAAAUCAGAGCCUCCAAACAUGAACCCCUCAGAGACUUCUGCUACACCCUUUUCAACUGGAUCCAGGAGAGCCAAGGCCUGAUGAGUGAAAGAGGAUAUGAGACUGCAAGUAAAGUCUGGAAUGGGAAGGUUAUACUGGCCAUCUUUGACACGCUGGGUAUCACUGCAGCGACCUUUGCUAUUCUGAAGAACAACCUGGCAGCAGUGCUGGAGAAGGACGAGAGGGUUGGUGUCGUUAAUGGUAAAGAGGAGAUGGUGCAAAUCCCAAUCAUCAGCUCAGCUACCUCCAUUGUCCUCAAGAACCUCUUCAUGGUCCUGGAUUUCAUGUUUAGGGACAACUGCAGGUUUGCUGAAGACUACCGGGUCGCCCUGCAGAGGAGCUACGCUUGGACCAAUCAGGUUCCACCCGAUGCUCCUGAUGCCCAGGGUUUUUUUGUUCGACCACGCGGGCGACAACGCCAGGGUGUCCGUGUCAAGAAAGAAGUGUUGGCACUCAGCUUCUGGUGCCUCAACCCAGCUGUGGCUUUCUCUGACUUGAGUGGGCCGGUGCACAGCAUUGUGCUGACAUCAGGAACCCUGUCACCCAUGGGCUCCUUCUCCUCUGAACUCGGGGUGAAAUUCUCCAUCCAGCUGGAAGCCAAUCAUGUUAUCAACAAGUCCCAGGUUUGGGUGGGCACUAUUGGUGCAGGACCUCAAGGCAGAAAACUCUGUGCCACCUUCCAACAUACUGAAACAUAUGCGUUCCAGGACGAGGUGGGGGCCCUGCUGCUCCAUGUGUGCCAGGUCAUCGCCAAGGGUGUGCUCUGCUUUCUGCCUUCUUACAAGAUGUUGGACAAGCUGCGGGACCGGUGGAUCAACACUGGUCUCUGGGAGAAGCUAGAAAAACAGAAAACUGUGAUCACUGAGCCCCGCGGUGGAGGCAAGGGGGAUUUUGACGAACUGCUUCAGACCUACUACAAUGCCAUUAAAUACUGUGACGAAAGAGGUCAAACUGAUGGUGCAAUGCUGAUUGCUGUAUGUAGGGGUAAAGUGAGUGAAGGACUGGACUUCACAGACGACAAUGCCAGGGCAGUGGUCACCAUCGGAAUUCCCUUCCCAAACAUCAAAGACCUCCAGGUUGAGCUGAAGAUGAAGUACAAUGACCAGCACAAGUCCAGAGGUCUCCUCCCAGGCAAUCGCUGGUACGAGAUUCAGGCCUACAGAGCUCUCAACCAGGCCCUGGGAAGGUGUAUUCGCCACAAGAAUGACUGGGGCGCCCUAAUUCUCGUGGAUGAGCGUUUCAUGAAUAACCCUAAUAAGUACAUCACAGGUCUGUCUAAAUGGGUUCGCCAGCUUGUCCAGCAUCAUGACACCUUCAGCAAUGCAAUGCAGUCUCUGGCAGAAUUCUCUCAGGUGCAGCAGAAAGUGGAGGCGGCCUCUGCAGACAGCCAGACAGUGUGCUCCACGGCCUCGCCUCCAAACUGUUUCUCUCCAGGAUCUCUAAAGGGACAGGAACUCCUCCGGGCCGCACUACCUCGGACACCUCACUCGUGUGUCACACUGCCUGAAUCACAGCAGGACGCAAGCCCCUCCACCUACCGCCCGUUUUCCUACACACAGCCGAAAACUGAACAGAAUGAAAAAGGAGAAUGGUUGAAGGCAACACACAGUAUCCCAGCAGAGCCACCUGCACCAAAAAGAACAGCUCAGUCUCUCUACCACAUGUUCAACUCCAACCCCAUCAGCACCUGCUUGAAGAGGGCAAUUUUUAAAGACAAGCCACCCAGUAAUCUCAGUCAGCACCUGGAGGCAACUAAUCAUUCUGAACACAAGGAGAACCACGAGAUCUCCUCUCCACAGAAGAACACUGAAGUGCCUUCAUGUCUUAAACAAGCGGCUGCAGACGCUUCCAGUGAAAUCAAAGCGAAACCACUCAGUCUUGCUCUCCGGACACCAUCAGUAGCUGUCUCUCCCAGCUGUGAAAGUGAGGCAGAGUCUCCAGCUGAAGAUGAAACAGAUGUGGACCAGACCAUCUUCUUUACUCCAGAACUUUUUGAGGGUGAAGAAGACGAAGACAGCUCAAAGAAGGAGACAGGGACAGAGUCGCCUGCCAGGGUGGUUUUAGGGCCAGAGAGCUCUGCCCUGCUGUCAGACGAACUUUUUAGCUCUGAGCAGGCCCAGGGGCAAGGGCAAGCCUUUGCUUUUGAUGGACAGGGCGCUAUUUCAGUCAGUAAGGAGAACACAGAGCUGACACAGGGACGUACAGAAGAGACCGGGGGACAGAAACAAGGUGAGGAGGGAGAGAAGGAGGAGGUGGACACCCAAAGCAGGCAGGCAUGCAGUAGGCUCCGCAGGCUGUCAAGGUCCAGACACAAACUCCCUGCCACUCCAACAGGUAACUAACAAACUGGACACAGGGACUUAUGUUAACUAAGCAGAAUAUAUAACGUACGAUUCAAGUGCAAAUACUGUGAAGAGUGCACAGUAUGCUGGAAAAUGUUUCCUCACUAGAUAUAUGUAAAAAUCACGGUUCAAUGUAAAAUGCAUUAUUCAAUUCAUGCUGCUGCGUUUCCAAUAUCACUGUUUCACUGGGAAAUAACCAAGAAUGUUGUACCUGCCUGAGGCAACUAGCCCGCUCACUAUUACUAUGUGUAGAGAAAAUGAGGAGGCUUCAGUAAAGCCAGCUCCCAUCUGGAUGCAGCUUCUUAUUCAGUGUGACAGAGCAUCAUAUUGAGGCCAUUAAGGCCUGUUCUCAACUAACCACCAUUACUUAAGCUGCAGCACUGAUUGAAUAUGAAUUUUAACAAAUCAUUAAAAUACAAAACCAUGUACAUCAUCUGCAAAAAGCACGCCAUCAUUUGGGUCUAUUUUAAUGAUGUUGAGGCAUGUUACAUGGACGCAUUUGACAUGCCUGAUUUGACCUAAAACACAGACCUUUAUUUGUUCAGUUUCAGUUCCAAUUGUGUAGCUAUGUGAUGUAAAUUGUGGGAUUAGUGUGUGGGGUCCAUCAGUCUAAUAAUUCAUGUUAAUUCUGUUCAGAUACAA